AUGACCGAGAGUUAUUUAACCACAGAUAUUAUUGUCAUUGUCGUUCUAGUCUUCGUAUUAAUUAUUAUAGGUGCAUGUGCAUUUUUAACACAUUUUUAUUGGACAAAAAUUGGUGUUGCUGAAAUAUGGAAUACACCAAAAUGGAGUUCAAUGCGUAGUUCAUUCUAUCGUACAGUACGUCGUUUCAGUCGAACAAGCAGUUCAAAAUUUGGUUCUGAACGACCGUUUUCUGCAGCAUCAGCAUUCUCCGAAGAUAUUGAUGGUAGUGCAUUGCCAGCACCACUACGAAAUAAAAAAUCAAAUAUUCAAAUUAAUCCCUCAAAUAUUCAACCAUCGUCUUCAUUUCAAAAUGAAUCAAAACCUAGUAGUGUACACCAAAAAUCAAGUAAUCAAGUACAACCGGUUUCUACCGUCGCAUUCAGUAAAGCAGCAAGGACAAAUUAUGGGACGAAAAUAGGAAAGCCUUUAGGAGAUACAAAAAUUCAUAACAUACACGAAAACGACGACCAAUGUGAUGAUGAUAUUGUAACGAUUGAAACAAAACGCUUUUAA